CUUUCUCCUAAAUGUAUCUCACAUGUAAUUUGGCACACUGAAGCACUUAUAUUUCACUACAUAUAGUUAAGAUGUCUAUGACAUCAUGGAAUUUGUUCCUUAUGAAUAGUACAAUAGAGUAUAUACUGAUACUAAGACAUAAUAGUAUUACAGUAAUAGUAUGUAUACAAAAAUCUUGUGUAUCAAGGAUACACAAUUGCCUAUUUAGUAAAACCCGAAACUGUUAACUGGGACUAAAGCAGAACUUUGUAUGCAUUAAUGUUUCCAAGCGACCCCACAGAACUGGCAGCUAAAGAAUGAUUGGCAAUUGCAGCAGGAUAGAGCUUUUUGCAAAUCCUUGCACUGCAAGAAUGCUGGAAUAAAAGAUGGAAAGUCCAAGAAUUUUAAGUCGGUGACUUUAUUACUUUUGUCAUGAAGUUUAGCAAAGCUCUACUAUCUUUUUUUUCCCAUGUGGAAAGUUGCUCUGCACUCCAUUGAGAAGAUAUACUUUAGCGAUGCAAAUUCUGACUUCAUCAUAUUGCGAUAUUGAAUUAGAACAAUUCAAUUGUUUCAGAAAGCACUGUUAUAAAUUUUAGAGCACCAAGAUCUUCUAAUACCACUUUCCCCAAAGUUCUGUUGUCCAGCCCCACUAAAUUAGAACUCCCAUGUAUCCCUACACUUUCUUGGGUUUAAAAUAUGCAUUAUUGCAUGGGGACUCAUUUUGGCUCCUACUAAUGCUCUAAUCUACCACGGUUGAGGCAUCAGCAGAGCAGAAAAAGGGAAUUGUAGUCUCCAAGUUGAAACAGCUUCGAUUCACUCGGAACACUUGAGUAUAUUAUUUCCAAAGUUUACUCAUGUGGAAAAUGCUCUGAACAUACUCAUAUUUCUAAGAACCACUCAAAGGUUAUUUAUUUAUUUAUUUAUUUGUUCAACUUGUAUGCCGCCUUUCUCCGAAGACUCAAGGUGGCUUACAAUGCAUUUAAAAACAUAUAUAAAACAUUAAAAGUUAAACCAUUAAAAACAAUUAAAACCCAUUCACACCAUUCAUGGCCGGAUCUCACCAAAUCGCAGCAGCGAGAUCAACGGUCCCAGGCCUGCCGGAAGAGCCAGGUCUUCACCGCUUUUCGGAAGGCCAAUAGGGUGGGGAUGGUCCGGACCUCAGGAUGUGGCGUGCCAUUAACCUGGGACUAUACAAAGUAUCAGCACAAAGAACUUUUUCAGAGCAAAAUGACUGUCAAAGCACCCAAAAUGUCAUGCAUUACCCCAAAUGUUUAUACUAAAGUGCCUGAUGGAGGAUGGGGAUGGAUUGUGGCAUUCGCUUUCUUCUUUGUGGAGGCCUUGACGUACGGCAUUAUCAAGUCCUUUGGGGUCUUCUUUACUGACUUAGUGGACUGUUUUAAUGAAAGCAACAGCAGGAUAGCAUGGAUAAUCUCAAUAUGUGUAUUUGUACUUACGUUUACAGCUCCUCUUUCUACAAUUGUAGCUAAUCGUUUUGGUCAUCGUCUGGUGGUGAUGAUUGGAGGGCUACUGGUCUGUAGUGGAAUGGUUGCCGCUUCCUUUGCACGUACACUGGUUGAAAUGUACAUCUCAAUUGGCAUAGUUUCGGGUUUAGGAUACUGUUUUGCCUUUCUUCCAACUGUUACCAUACUGUCUCAGUACUUUGACAAAAAGCGCUCAUUGGUCACUGCCGUGGCUUCUACAGGAGAAUGCUUUGCUGUUUUUUCUUUUGCACCAGCUAUCACUGCUUCAAAGGAAUACUUUGGUUGGAGAGCCAGCCUCUUGUUUGUUGGUCUACUGCAGCUUGGAAUUACUGCCUGCGGAUUGCUGCUGCGCCCCAUCACAAUCAUAGCACAAGAAGUAGUGAAAGUACCACCAGUGGAACAGCAAAGAGAGACAAAGUACAUGCUUGAAAAUGAACAGACACGCACCUCAAUAGACUCCAUUGACUCGGGAGUAGAAAUAACUACCUCACCUCACAACGUAUCUAGAGAUGCCAACUUGGAACUUAAAAACGAAGAACCAAAGGAAAACAUGGAGAUGUUCAUAGCCAGUAGUGGCAUUCCUACCAAGGAACCCAAACCCAAACUCCUAGACUUCUCUGUGUUGAAAGACUGCAGCUUUAUUUGUUACGCGCUUUUUGGUCUAUUUGCUACUUUGGGAUUUUUUGCUCCUUCGCUAUAUAUAAUUCCUCUCAGCAUGAGCCUUGGCAUCAACAAGGAUCGCUCUGCUUACAUUCUCUCAGCAAUGGCAAUUGCUGAGGUCUUUGGUAGAAUCGGCGCUGGUUGGGUGCUCAACAAAAAGCCCAUCAGAAAGAUUUACAUUGAGCUCAUUUGUGUCAUUCUGCUGGACAUUGCCCUUUUUGCCUUCCCUCUCGCCUACGAUUUUUGGGGGCUAAUGAUGUGUAGCAUUUUCUUUGGAUUCAUGCUCGGGACAGUAGCGGGCACACACAUUCCAAUGCUAGCUGAAGAGGAUGUCGUGGGCAUUGAGAGGAUGGCAUCUGCUGCAGGGGUCUACGUAUUUAUUCAAAGCUUAUCAGGGUUGGCUGGACCACCCCUUGCAGGUGUACUAGUGGAUACCACAAAAAAAUACAGUUCUGCAUUCUAUUCCUGUGCUGGUGGAAUGCUGCUGGCUGCUGUAUUCCUUUCAUUGGUGAGGCCUUGCAAGAAUUUAACAUGUCAACGAAAGAAACAAUCAAUACAAGAGAACGCCUCGGAGCCUCAGGACGAUUUUAUAGAAACUGAUUUUGGGAAAACAGAGGAUUCUGUAAAGAGCUAUGAUAGCAUAGCUUGAAUUUUAACACAUAUUAUUUAGAGAUUGGGGAAAAACAAGUCAGCUCAAGUCCACCUUUUGAAACUAACACAUUAAAGGGAAUGCAACACAACAAAGGUGAACAUGUUAGCAAUCAUAAAGACUGGUUAAUAUUAUCUAUUUGAAAACACCUGACAUGUGAAGUUCUAUUGAUUAAUUCCAUGCACACACUUACUGAGCAUGAAAUUGUGAUUCAAAUGUUCUUAUUAAUGGGAAGCAGGCAACACAUAAUAUCUCAAUUCCAAAUUAUAGUGAAGAAGCAAGAUGUUAGGGGAAAGAAAAAUCAGAUGUGGCUUAUCUGAUGAAGCAGUCUUGAAAUGUUUCUUUUCAUCAAAUAAGCAUAGCUGCUCUGUUUUUUUAAUUUUGGAGAACAGGUAUUAAAUUUAUACUUGGAACAGGUAGCCAAUUCUCCUUUGUCCUGUGACUUGAAUUGGAAUCCAGCAACAUAUGGGAAGAAGUUAACUUUUGUCACUCUUCACUAGUCAAUUAACAAAUAGCUUUUGUGUGCUUUUUUAAAAAGUUGGUUAAACUCCACAAAAGUUUGGAGGUUACCAGUUCUAUUUUAGGGCCAGUUACUAUAGCUUUUUCAUAACAGUAUUACCUUAAAAUGCCGAUAAAAAUUAUUGCAUAAUCUUAAGUAUGAUUAUUUAUAUGUUGUACUGUUUUCUUCAAGAUACACUACUGAAUGUGCAUAAAUUUGCAGCCUUGGUGAGACUUGCUUUUCGAGUAGAUGUAUUCAAAAUCACAGUAUCAGGCAUAGAAGGACUAAUACUGAUUGUGCAUGAAUAGGAUUGUACUUUUAAAGACUUACUGGUACUUGCCUUUCGACAUUCAGGCAAAUCACUGAUUCUAGCAGUUUUAAUUUUUAAAAAAAGUUAUUUAUUUUUAUUUUGUGAUUAACUGUUAUUUAAAACAAACCAUUUGCCCCAAACUCUUUCCAAGUCUUGAUGCAUUUCUAGUGUGUAGAUUUUUAGGCAUAGGUAAGUGCACCUACUUAUUUUUAUGGUUAUAGAAGUCUUACAACAGGUGCCUUUUAAAGAAAUGAAACAAAGAUACUGUGUGGUGUUUUGGAGUUCAAAGGCUGAAACAACCAGACUAUAGGCUUAGUUAAUAAGACUUCAAGAGUCUGCUCUGAUGUAAUGGAGGCUGUGGUUUAAAUCCAGUAAAAACAUUUCAAGCAUGUAUGGAAUUGUAUUAAGAUUGUUUCAGUAGAUAGUCCUCAACUUCUGAUCACAACUGAGCCCAAAAUUUCUGUUGCUAGGUGAGACAUUUGUUAGGUGAGUUUGCUCCAGUUUACGACUUUUUUUUGCCACCGUUGUUCAGUCAAUUACUGCAGUUGUUAGGUGAAUAAUGUUUGUUAAGUGAAUCUGGCUUCCCCAUUGACUUUGCUUGUCAGAAGUUUGCAAAAGGUGAUCAUGUGACCCUGGUACACUGCAACCGUCAUAAAUAUGAGGCAGUUGCCAAUCAUCUGAAUUUUGAACAUGUGACUAUGGGGCUGCUACAAAAGUCACAAGUGUGAAAAAGUUAUAACUCACUUUUUUCAGUUAUGUUGUAACUUUGAAUUGUCACUAAAUGAACUGUUGUAAGUGGAGGGCUACCUGUGAAAGUUUGACGAUACAGGAGAAAAACAUUUUUAUUCUGAAAACAUUCCACUGUCUUUGGUUAUACUAUUAAUCAUCUUUCAGUUAGGUCUAUGUCUGUAGGCUUUAGUCCUCUAUGGACAAGCUUGAGAACGUGCAUGCUUUAUUUUUGGGAUCUGUUCUUACCUUUGUUAACUUCCACACUCAUUCAUGUAUAGGUCUUUUAUGAGUUAAAUAGAAGCUCUGAUUGUUCCAUCAGUGCCUUCAUAUGAAAGUUGUACAUUUUGUCAUUCCAUUUGUAUGACCACAGUUGUCCUUACAGUAGAGUGCAUUGAAAGGCGAAACUGUAUAAUCUAAUGCCUCAGUCAUCUACUUUCUUGCAAUUCCCACUGGGCAGUGUGCCUCAGUGGAGCCAUGUUUGAGAUCUUAAAGGGGCCAACUGCAUAAACCAAGCCUUGGGGAACUUUGAGGGUUAUCUGAUCUAUGUUUUAAAAAUCCAAGUGACCACAGGAGGGCAGCAGAGAGAUAUUUAAACCUAACUAUUGGCUGUCAUCUAGUGGUCAUCCAGAUUUUUUACAGCUAUAUCUGAUAACCUGGUAAUCUGGUUUUUUUUAAAUGCUCCAUUCAUUGCAGUCACAUAAUGCAUGAAUCAAUGUAACAGUCACUGCAGAGAAAAAAAUGCAACAAAAUUAAUAUUUUUAAAAUGCAAUUUGUGCAUCCCCCAUUUUCAGUUAAGUUUUGUAUAAAGAAAGGGAAUUCUAAGAGGUGGCGGCAACAUGUUGACUAUUGUUCACUGACUUUUAAUAAAUAGCCACAUCAAAGGUGACACGAGCUUGCUUACCCCACUUUUAUACGUCUUUUUCUCACUAGACAACUCAGGGGGGAAACGAGAAAAUAACAGAUUUUGUUCUGAAUAUACACAAGUACAGAUUAAAAAUGUUUCUUGAUAAUCCAUUGAUAAUGGCUGUAUGUCAAUUAUUCUGCUAAGAUUAUACAAAUUAAGGUCAUUGUGAUUCCUGAUAGGGAAUAGGGUUUUUCGGUAUCCCCUACCAAAAAACAAAUGCAACCUAAUCUAUACCAUCACAAUGUACUUAAGACAUAAAUAUAUGAAUGCUGGCAAAUUUUCAGUGAAUCAUAUAUAAAACAUUCUGAUUUUAAAUAUUCUUAUAAAAGAACAAAAACAUGAUCUUAAGAGCUAUUUACUUGCACUAUGUUCUAGUAAAAUCCUUUACUUUUGUCAUCAAAAUGCCCUAGGCACAGGAACAUGGUGUCCCUGUAUCUUAAGCAAUCCAUAUUGUCUCCCUGCUGGAAAAUUCUGAAGACCAUGUUGCAAUUUGGGAUCCUUUGUUUACUUUCAGCACUUUAUCAUCUACAGUAGAGCCUCAAUAAACUGCAGAGAUCACUCAGAGAAGGGAAUAACUAGAUUUUCUGGAUUUUUUUGGUGGAAAAUAAAGGAAUAAAAUAUGAGGCAUGUGCCAAUAAAAUUUGUUAUAUAUUUAGCAAGCAUAUCUUAUAUUUGUUAUAUUCCUAGUAAAGCAGAAAAUGUAAGGUAGGCAUAGCAGAGUAAUAAAAUGUUUUGAAUAAAAGGCCACAGUCACUGGCAAAUGCUGCUUUCAUACUUAGUUCUGGUUUAACCUACCUAAAUUACUGUAGGUUGAACUCUAAUAUAAAACUACAAUACAGGCAGUCCUUGUGUAGUAACAGUGACUAUUUGCAAAUAAAACAGUAAUAAAAAAUCAUUUUCCAACCAAUGCAAACAUUUACCCCAACAAAAACCUUCAGUGCGAAACUGAUUAAGAUCUGGUCAGUUUCAUGCAACCUCAGGUACCAGGAGGGUUAUAAUCAAUUAAGGUUACAAAGCUGAACUUGUGAAUUUGGGGUGGGGGGGAGAUCAGGUACUGACCCUGUAUAAGAGAACUUCAUUAAAAAAGCCGAGGUGGCGCCGUGGUUAGAGUGCAGUACUGCAGUCUACUUCAGCUGACUGCUAGCUGCAGUUCAGCAGUUCAAAUCUCAUUGGGUCAAGGUUGACUCAGUAUUCCAUCCUUCCGAGGUGGGUAAAAUGACCCAGAUUGUUGGGGGCAAAAUGCUGACUCUGUAAACGGUUUAGAGAGGGCUGUAAAGCACUAUAAAGCAGUAUAUAAGUCUUAAGUGCUAUUGCUAUCUGAAUGAGAAGGCACCACUGUCUCUCUCUCCUUCAUUCAGUCACUUGAUUCCUUUAGUGACUGUUGCUUAGUGAUCAUUUCAUCACAACCAGUUCCAAUCACUAAACAAGGACAACCUAUAUGAGAAAAAGUAUAUUGUGUACUUGACAUGUAGUUGGAAAAAUUAAUUAUCUCUGCAAAUUAACGAAGUUCUACUGUAAUGUUACAAAUAUUUCCAAUCCUAAAUAAUGCAAUGUAUAUAACUGACUGUAUCUGAAGUUACUAUGUAUGUACAUACCAUAUUAGUGAUCAGAAUGCACGCAUCUGAACAAGAUAUUCAAAAUCAGGAUUAAACAUGGUUGAAGCAGGAUGCUGAUUUAUUCUGUACUGUACAUUAGUGGAUUCUGGAAGUGCUACCAAAUAAUGAGUUUUGCAAUAAACUUUUUUUUUUU